AUGAUCGAAGAGAUAUCUACAAUAUUUGUCGUCGGCUUUCCCGACGACAUGCAAGAGCGGGAGUUCCAGAAUAUGUUCAUCUUUUCACCUGGUUUUGAAGCUGCCACCUUGAAGAUCCCACAAAAGGAUUGUUCAGAUGAUGAUGGGUCUGCGAACGGUAGUAACGGUAUUGGAAGUGGAGCAAGCAGUGGAAUGGUCAAUGGUAACAAUGCAAGGAAACAAAUUGUAUGUAUUAUAUCUAUACCUGUGUCAUUUUGGAUCGGUUUCGCAAAGUUUCGUAGCAGGCUCGAAGCCCUUGAAGCCCGUGACAUUCUCAGUGGAAGGAAAGUAGACGCCGAAAAGGGGUCUGUUCUCAAAGCUGAAAUGGCAAAAAAGAACCUGCAUACUAAGCGGGGUCUUUCUAAUGAACAAAAUAACGCCGCAUUCCCUCUUAUUCCUCAAAAUAAACGAUUUUCAACUCCAAACAACAUUAAUACCGCUAAUGCUACUUAUGACGCCUUUCAUUCAGUACCUCCAUUUGCUCCUCCCCCACUCCCUAGCGAUUUGUUUUCUCCUGACUAUAUCUAUAAUGAUAUUUAUUCAGAUAGUGUUUACACCCCAACAACCCCUACAACUCCCGUUUUCCCCGACCAACCUCCAUUCUCUUCUGCUCGUGGUUCCUUUGAUGCAACUAAUGGUGCCAUCGGUGGUUUAGUCGGUGUUCAAUCACGCCCUCUUAACAAUGGUGUUCGAUAUGGUCCUAAAGGGUUCUUCGAUAAUGUUGAUGAAUUGAACUAUCUUUCAAAAUCUAAUCCUGUUGAAAUAGUUUCGAAAGCUGCAAAAAACUCGUCAAAUGGAUUUAAUGCUGCUUUGUUAGUUAGUGAAGACUUGCCACAUUCAAUGUCUCAACUAUCCAUUAAUACUUCUGUUCCUCCAUCAGUUAUGUCAUCAUCCCCAUCAAUUUCCUCACCAGGAUUUCGUCCUCCUAACCCAGCUGAUCAAAAUCCACCAUGUAACACUCUUUAUGUUGGCAAUUUACCAAUGAACACAUCUGAAGAAGAACUUAAACAAAUGUUCUCUCGUUGCCCCGGUUAUAAACGAAUGUGUUUUCGUACUAAACAAAAUGGACCUAUGUGUUUUGUUGAAUUUGAGGAUGUUCAUUACGCUACACAGGCAAUGAAUGAACUUUACGGUAACCUUCUCAGUAAUUCUGUUAAAGGUGGGAUUCGCUUAAGUUUCUCAAAGAAUCCAUUAGGAGUACGGAGCAGCAAUAAUGGAAAUGGUCUCAAUGGUUUUAAUGGAGAAAGGAGAGGUUCUACCUUUAGUUUGACUGAUCGUAGAGAUUCUACCUUUAGUUUGGAGAGGCGAGAUAGCACCUAUAGUCUUACCGAUCAUCGCAGGGAUUCAUUUAGUUUGGAAAGACGGGAUUCUACUUUUAGUUUAGGAAGUAGUUCUGGACCUUCUUUUCCUCACACCGAAAGGUUUAAUCUGGAACGUAGGGAUUCCUUUUUGGCUUCAGAAAGAAGAGAUUCCCUGAGGGACAUCUUCUCACCUGAAAGGAGGGAUUCAUUUUCUUCUUCUUUUGACCCUCAAUUAAUAAAUUAG